AUGUGUGUUUAUGUUUGUUGUUCGGUUUCCGACUUUAUUCUGUAUAUUGUGGCGUUCUUCUUCCCACCUAUAGCAGUGCUACUGAGAUCAGGUUUUUGUUCAAAGGAUUUCUUAUUAAAUAUUUUAUUGACUUUAUGUGGGUUUGUACCUGGUAUGAUUCAUGCUUUCUAUUAUAUUACAGUAACUAGUCCCCUACGUAGAGAUGUGGAAUACGUAUAUUUUUACCAGAAUGGAUGGCAGGAUUCUGAAAGACAAACUGAGUCUAACAGAGAAAAUCAAGAUAUAAGACGACCUUUGUUAGCCGAAUCGAACUACCAAGAGAGAACAAGACCCACAGAUAAUAAGAUUCAAACUUCACAACCACCUGCAUACUCCGAAUGA